CGACCCAUUAAACCCUUUUCUUCUCAAAAUCAGGAGUGCAGAAUUUUUGCGAAGAAAUCCUUCUUCUCUUUGUGCCAAACUAGUUUUACUCUCGAAAACUUCCGUCACCUAUAAUUCAUCUCCGGCCGCCGGAUCUCAUACGCCGCCGCUACCGCGUCUUCUUGGCAUUCAUUCGAGUUUCCGGAAAAAGAAAGUGAAUAGCAAAAGCAAUAACCAAAUAGAGGCUUGCUUGUUCUGGCUUUACUUUUGUGGUUUUGAUCAUAUGCUGAUUCCCCACCACUGAUAAGUUUUUGAGUGUUUCUGUUAUUUGCAAUGGAGAAGGAUAGAUAUGAUAGGGAAGACGAUGCUUCUAGAGAACGCUGGGUUGGAGGAGCCUAUAGUGAUGAAUUAGAGCAAACCGACAAGCAUCGGAGUAAGGACAAGAAGAAGAGCAGUCGAGAAGAAGAAAAGGAUCAUCGAAGUAGGGAUAGAGAAAGGGACCGUUCUAAGAGAAGCAGUGAUGAGGUCUUGAAAGAAAGGGAGAAAGAUUCCUUGGAAAAGGAUAGAGUGUCAACCAGGGAGAGGAGGAAGGAUGACAGAGAUGAGCAUGGGAAAGACAGAGCUAAAGAUACUAAGGUGAGGGAAAAAGAGAAAGAUUAUGACAGGGAUAAGCAUAGAGAAAAAGAACAUGAGCGUGAGAGAGAAAAGGACCGAAAGGAUCGAGGAAAGGAAAAGGACAGGGAGAGGGAUAGGGAGUCUGAGAAGGAAAGGGGAAAGGACAAAAGUAGAGAUAGGGACAGAGAAAAGGAAAAGGAAAGAGACAAGGCGAAGGAAAGGGAAAAGGAGAGAGACAAACUUAAGGAUCGAGAGAAGGAGAGGGAAGGAGAGAAGGGAAAAGAUAGAAGUAAACAGAAAAAUAGAGAGGCGGACCUAGAGAAGGAGAGAUCAAGAGAUAGGGACAAUGUUGGCAAAAAUCAUGAGGAAGAUUAUGAAGGAAGCAAAGAUGGAGAGCUUGCAUUAGACUAUGAAGAUCGUAGAGAUAAGGAUGAAGCUGAACUGAAUGCUGGAAGCAAUGCUAGUUUAGUGCAGGCAUCUUCAUCAGAGCUCGAGGAGCGCAUAGUGAGAAUGAAAGAGGACAGAUUGAAAAAGAAAUCUGAAGGUCUCUCAGAGGUUUCAGCAUGGGUUAGUAGAAGUCGUAAGCUUGAGGACAAAAGGAAUGCUGAAAAGGAGAAAGCUUUGCAGCUAUCAAAGAUUUUUGAAGAGCAGGAUAAUUUCGUUCAAGGAGAAGAUGAAGAUGAGGAAGCUGAUAAUCGCCCUACUCAUGAUCUAGGAGGGGUUAAAGUUCUUCAUGGCCUUGACAAAGUGAUGGAUGGUGGAGCUGUCGUUUUAACACUCAAAGAUCAGAGCAUACUUGCUGAUGGUGACCUUAAUGAAGAUGUUGAUAUGCUUGAAAAUAUUGAAAUCGGAGAGCAGAAGCAGCGGGAUGAGGCUUACAAGGCUGCAAAGAAGAAAACCGGGGUUUAUGAUGAUAAGUUCAAUGAAGAUCCUGGUUCUGAGAAAAAAAUACUGCCACAAUAUGAUGAUCCAGUUGCGGAUGAGGGUGUAACUCUGGAUGAAAGGGGCCGCUUUACUGGUGAAGCUGAAAAGAAAUUAGAAGAGCUGCGUAAAAGGUUACUAGGUGUUCCCACUAAUAACCGUGUUGAAGAUCUGAAUAAUGUUGGGAAGAUUUCAUCGGAUUAUUACACCCAAGAGGAAAUGCUUCGAUUUAAAAAGCCCAAAAAGAAGAAAGCUUUGCGGAAGAAAGAGAAGUUGGAUAUAGAUGCCCUUGAAGCAGAAGCCGUCUCUGCCGGCCUGGGUGCUGGAGACCUUGGUUCUAGGAAGGACUCUAGAAGACAAGCAAUUAAAGAAGAGGAGGCCAGAUCCGAGGCUGAAAAGAGAAAAAAUGCAUACCAAGCAGCAUUUGCCAAAGCAGAUGAGGCAUCAAAAUCACUGCGGCUCGAACAAACGCAUACAGUUAAACCUGAGGAAGAUGAAAAUCAGGUUUUUGCUGAUGAUGAGGAGGAUCUUUAUAAAUCCCUUGAAAAAGCAAGGAGGUUGGCUCUUAAAAAGCAAGAAGAAAAAUCAGGUCCACAAGCUAUAGCGCUACUUGCUACCACAUCUGCUAGCAAUCAAACUACAGAUGAUCAUACCUCAACUGGAGAGGCACAAGAAAACAAGGUUGUGAUCACAGAGAUGGAGGAGUUUGUAUGGGGUCUUCAGCUUGAUGAAGAAGCCCAUAAGCCUGACAGUGAAGAUGUCUUCAUGGACGAGGAUGAAGUGCCAGGAGCUUCUGAACAAGAUAGAAAAAAUGGAGAAAACGAGGUGGGUGGAUGGACAGAGGUCAUUGAUACUAGUGCUGAUGAAAAGCCUGCUAAUGAGGACAAUGAUGAGGUUGUUCCAGAUGAAACCAUUCACGAAAUUGCGGUUGGCAAAGGAUUAUCAGGUGCGCUGAAGCUGCUUAAAGAUCGAGGAACACUUAAAGAAACUAUUGAAUGGGGUGGCCGAAACAUGGACAAGAAAAAGAGCAAACUUGUUGGCAUUGUAGACGAUGAUCAUCAAACUGAUAAUAGAUUUAAAGAUAUUCGCAUUGAAAGGACAGAUGAAUUUGGUCGAAUUGUGACUCCUAAGGAAGCCUUCCGGAUGCUUUCUCAUAAAUUUCAUGGCAAGGGGCCUGGCAAAAUGAAGCAAGAAAAGCGGAUGAAGCAAUAUCAGGAAGAGUUGAAGCUGAAGCAAAUGAAAAAUUCAGAUACACCUUCACUUUCAGUGGAGAGGAUGAGGGAAGCUCAAGCUCAGCUGAAAACACCCUACCUUGUCCUUAGUGGUCACGUCAAACCAGGGCAAACUAGUGAUCCUGCAAGUGGCUUUGCUACUGUUGAGAAGGAUUUUCCGGGAGGCUUGACGCCUAUGCUUGGUGAUAGAAAGGUUGAGCAUUUCUUGGGAAUCAAGCGCAAGGCUGAGGCAGGGAAUUCAGGCACACCAAAGAAGCCUAAAACUUGAAAAUUGUAAGAUGUUGUAUGGUUUGGGUAUGAUGAAAGAUGAAGAUGGGAGAUGGCUGCAUCCUGGUGGUCAAGGUAUCUGUAGCCAACUGUUGAACUCAAAUCCAAGUAGUAGAGAAAUUUUCCAACUUGAUUUUACUUGGUUUUUUGGUAACAUGAAAAUUGGUGAUCAAAAAAAUGAUUUUUGUAUUGUGUAAGAUUUGACCUAAUUAAGCUGAUGCCAAAUGCGGUAUUAUUUAGAGCUGAUUUAUGUUUGCAUCUUAAAAUACAUUGGCCAUCAUUGCAGUAUAUUAUUAGGGAUAUGAUCUGCUUUUUACUGAUUUGAAUAAUUAUAGAAUGUUCCAGUUCUUCAUCUAUUA